AUGAAAUUCAUCAUUGGCAUUGGAGGAGUGACCAAUGGUGGCAAGACCACCCUGACUAACAAACUGCUCAGGACGUUACCCAACUGCUGUGUGGUGCACCAAGAUGACUUUUUUAAGAAACCCGAUCAAAUAGAAGUCGGGGAGGACGGCUUUAGACAGUGGGAUGUCAUCUCGGCCCUGGACAUGGAGGCUAUGGUCAGCACCGUGAAAGGCUGGCAGGAGAACCCGGUCAAGUUUGCGCGAUCCCACGGCGUCAGCUUGUCACCCGAAGCUGAGGAAUGCGGCUCGGGCCAGAAAGGGAUCCAUAUUCUCAUUGUGGAGGGCUUCCUCAUCUACAAUUACAAACCUCUCAUCGAUGUCUACGACAGAUGCUUCUACAUUUCGCUUCCGUACGAAGAGUGCAAGUCAAGGAGAAGUACGAGAACGUACACCGUUCCUGACCCUCCCGGUCUGUUCGACGGCCACGUCUGGCCAAUGUAUCUCAAGCACAGGAAACAAAUGGAGAGCCAAUGUGACAGAAUAGAGUACCUCAAUGGAAUGAUGGCGAUAGACGACAUCUACACUUUGGUGUUUGAGAGUAUUCAGAAUGCCCUCCUCAACAACUCAUAG